UCUUUUUUAGUGGUUGGCCACCACAUCUCUCAUUUCUCUUUUUCUUUUUCUUUUUCUUUAUCUCUUUCUUCCUUCUCUAUCUCCCUCCUUUGAAUAUCUAUACAUAACUAUCCAUUCAACAAAAGAAAAUAACACCAUAAAUUGUUUUCAUUCAACUCUCACAUUUUGUUUAUUUAUAUUUGAUGGAUCAACUAGCUUGAUUUUUGUUUUUGUUUUUCAUGAAUGCUUAUCACAUUUAUAUAUCAAAAUAAUUAUUUGGAAGAAGGUAAUGGAAAAUGCAAGGCCAAGGGAAGGAGAAUUAGCUUUCUUUUUUUCUUUCACAUAUUUGUGUAUGGUAUUACCGUCGCUUUAAUAAGGUUUUUUGGCUUGGGGUUUAUAGUUUCUUCCAUGGGAAACAAGAUGAAGGGGAUCAUCAAAGGAUUCAAAUAUAUGUUUAAUAAUUUUGCGGUGAAGGAGAGGGAGUUGGAGAUUGGAUGUCCAACUGAUGUUAAACAUGUGGCACAUAUUGGUUGGGAUGGCCAAUCUGGCAAUGCACCAAGUUGGAUGAAUCAAUUCAAGAAAGGGCCUGAUUUUGCAGCAGCUUCUAUUGGUAAUUCUGGUUCUUCCCUUUCUCCAUGGACUUCUCAAGGGAAAUAUUUUGGCUCAUCCUUCACGAGAUGUCUAAAUAGGCCCUAGAAAGGGACAAUUUUUCUAGUCUAUCUGUCCAAAAACAAAUUAUUGGAUGGUAGGCUAUAUAUUGGCUUGUACUAUAGUGCCCUUCAAAGUAGUAAUUAUUUUGUCGGGUACUUGUUAUCUCACAUCUUAUAAUACAAAUAUUGAGUGACUUUCUCCAUUAAAGUUGAGGCAAAUAAAUAAAUCACCUAACUUUAUUAACAUAUACCUCAACUUCAAUCAUCUGUAUAUAUGUCAAGAUCAAUACAAUUAACCAAUAAUAUGAGCUUUUAUCUUGAUUAAGCUUUUGAUUAAUACAAUCAACAUGUUGUAUUUAUGUUACUUGUCUUAUUUUUCAGGUUAAUAGUUACAUGUAAUUGCUUUUUAAAGUACUUAAUAGUAUAAGAAUCUCUUUAGCUAUUAGUAUCCAAAAGUUAAAACUCAUUUAU